CGAACUGAUCAACAUGCAACGGCCGGAGUGGAAGAUGAGGACUUGUUCCUUCGAAGGAUUCUCAGGCACUUGGCACAUAGCAAAACAGGAAGCUAACAUCGACACUGAAACCAAAAAGAACACCUUACGAUUUGUGUUUAUAUACAGUACAUGUGUUUACCAAAUUGUGUGUGGUUUUUCCGUGUUGGCGUUGUUCAUUUCAUUGCCUGUUCACCAUGACCCAAAACCUUCCAGAAAUGGUCCAGUUGGGGGGUCCGAGUCACUGCAGUGGUGGGCUUUUAGGGGGGACUAGACGGAUCCAGAUGGUGUUCUUUCUUUUCGGUGGGCAUUUUAUUCCACCAAGCAGGUGGUUUGUUCUCCAUGGCUUGCUCCAUGGAUCAUCAUGGAUCCUGAGAAUUGACGGGUGGAGGAGCAUGUUCCGAAGAGCAACCCGACGUGGUUUUGGGCGUCCAUGGUGGUACCACCAAGCAGCUUGGCGUUGAGCCACGGAAAGGGUGAGGGCAAAGACGCAGCUGAAGAACUCUGAGCAAGGACUUGGGGCUAUGUUUGCAGGUGUUGUGCUUGCAGUGGGAGACGUGUUCAAUCGGCCGAAAAAGGAUGACACCUUUAGGAUAGCAUUGAAGUAUCUGACAUAUCUUGACAGCCUUGACUUGAGCAUGAUUCAGAUGCCAUGCAAUUGGUUUGUAGCCAUCUCGGAGAGGAAAUCCUGGCGAUGAUCUUUCUUCCAAUUUUGCAGCAGUUGCACUCCUUUGCAAGGGGCAGUGUUAAACAGCGUUCCUGCAGAGUUGAGGUCUGCCGCGCUGUUUGCGCGACUUUUGGCCUUGCAAACCAAAGGCAAAGGAACCCGAAGCUCAUGGGAAAGGCGCUCCGCGCCUACAUGGGCCCGCCCUUGUGGAACCACGGUGAUGCGGAGGCUUUGGCACCACCUUCCUGCCAUGAAUAUGCCACUUGCAGCAGCAAGCUGCCAGGAAGAUGAUGACAACGAGGACCUUCAGCGGACUUCAGCAUCGCAGCUUGCGACGCGACGAGCAGGAGGAGGGCGGCAGCUGCCAGCGCGGUGUGUUGCAAGUCCACCGCCCGGUAGAUCGCCGAGCCUCCAGAAAUGCUAGCAAGGGUAGUGGCAUUGAGGCGAGGAACGAGGAAUUGCUCACUGUACGUGAGCCCCGAGCUGUGCAAGUAGCGG